AUGCACACUGAGGCUGGGCCCCUGGACCUAUCCACAGCCAGGGAGGUCGCUUGCGACGACGUGAUGGCGAUGGAAUUGGAUCCCUUGAGGGAGAACCAGAUGCUCAGGAGCACCAUCCGGCAGCUUGAAAAGAAGAUGGAAGCACUGAGGGCGCUGGGAGAUGCAGACACGCAGCUCGCCCGGAUUGCCAAAAUGCGCCUGGCAUCUGCCUCGAAGGAACUUAAGGCCAUCAGGGGGGAGGCGGAGCAGAGAAAAGCUCUGGAUGAAAAAUGCGCUAGAGCCGAGAUGGAAGCCACAAUAUGUCGAGAAGAGCUUGACCAUUGCAAAAAUGCCAUCCGUGCUGAGCAGGCGGAUACUGCUGCUUCAAGGAGGCGCGUUCGACAGUUGGAAAAGUCGCACCAGCUCAUGGAGGCCGAGAAUGUGAGUCUCAAGGAGAGAAUAGCGCAGCUGGAGGACAUGCAAAAGAGCGUUCAGGUAGAAAAUGCAAAUCUGAAGAAAAGGAUGGCGGAGAUGGAGAGCGUUGGGCAGACAACACCGGGUAUCAAGAGCGCUUCUCAGCCGGGCCCUGGGACCCAGGGUGCUUGCCGGCCGGACUCCGGUGGCACGGAAGGGUCCCUGCCAUCAUGCCCAACCGCUGUGCAGAGAACCACAGAUGCGCAGACGCUGUUGGCUGGGGCUGUGUGCACACCUUCCGCCAAAGCAGCACAGAUGCCACUCACAGAAGGGUCCCUGCCAUCAUGUGCAACUGCUGCGCACAGACCUAUGGGUAUGCAGAUGUUGUUGGGCGGGGAUGUGCAGACACCUCCUGCACAGAUGCCAUGCAAAGGACCGCCAGUGUCUUCGGGCGGAGACGCGCAGCUCCCAUCAGGCGCAGAACCACAGACGCCAUGCUCAGAUGCACAGAUGCGGUCGAGCGCAGGGGCACAACCGUUGCGCCCUUCAAGUGUGCAGACGCCGAGUGCGCGCGCGCAGAUUUUGCCAUUGGAAGGUGCACUGCCGCGGAUGCCGUCGCGCGUGGAAGUGCAAACCCCGCCUUGUGAAAAUGGGGUGGAGCAACAGUUCUUGAUGGUCGGGCCUGCGAGCGGGAUAUCAUGCCGGAGGCAGUGUGUCUCUGAGAUGCCAAAGAAAGCAAAGGUUGCGAGGGCGUCGUGCAAGCUGCUACGGAGGCAGUGCGUCGAGCAAUACACAUUCAAGUCACACGGUGUGUACAUCUGGACACUGUCAAAGAGCAUUGAUGUCACCAAGCUCAAUGAAGAAGAUAGCGACGAGGGCGAUGACGCCAGCGACGAUGACGGUGAUGAUGCCAGUGACAAAGCCAGCGACAAGAAACCAAGUUCCAGGAAUGGAUCCGGUGGCCCAGAAAGGUGUGCUGGGAGUGGAUGGGCAUCCAUCGCCUUUCGUGUACUGGAUGCCAUUGAGCAGAUCUCAGAAAAGCGCGAUCGGGAGGUUUGUCCAGGCUUCUUUUUCAGGCAGGCGAGGCUAGUGAACAGGCACUGGAACGGUUGGGCAAACAAGGCAACCCUGCGCGUGGGACUGGCUUCAGAAUUCUCGUCCAUGAAUGGUCCCUCCCGGAGCGCCAUUCUGCGGUCUGUGAAAACCAAGUUCCCCAACGUGGAGGAGCUGAUGCUGCCGAGUGGGUUCAAGUUCACGAUGAUCGGGGCCCACUUCUUGAGCACGCUGUCCAAGCUCAGGCAUGUCGAGCUGCGAGACUGUCCCCUAAUGGACACCCAGCUGUCCUGGCUGAAGGGGCUGGUGGGACUGCGAAGCCUGAGGAUCCGGAAGAGCAGGCAAUCGACCGGGCCAGGAUGGGAGGCGAUCGGCGGGCUGGUGGCCCUACGGGAACUGCAUCUUGAGGACGUCAAGGUGGGGCGAAAUGCCUUGUGGACCAAGAUGCCCAGCCUGAGGAAGCUGGAGCUGAGGCUGGCAGAACAGAACAGGGUUUCAGAACACUCCAAGGACGGCGCCGAGGGCUGGCACAGAGUUCCGGUGGGUGUAUCCCGCCAGCCCGCUCUCACGGAACUGACCAUCUCCAAGAGCUUCGUGACGAAGGCGGACUUGGCCCAGUGGAGGGACCUGUGUGCGUUGACCUCGUUGACUCUUGUGGACAUUUUGUACCGCAGCGACCAUCCCCGGGAUAGGCACUUCUCAGGACUGGGGGCCCUGCAUGGGCUGCGGUUUCUGGGCCUGACAAGGUGCCACGGCAGAAUGGGCUUUUUGGCUAAACUCACUUCGUUGCAGUCUCUCAUGCUGGAGGAUUGCAAUGGUGCGAGAGGCAAGGGGAUGGGGAUGCUCACAAAUCUCACGUCUCUGUCCAUCGUGGGGUGCUCGAUGGUGAAGGACGCGGAUGCGAAGGGCUUAGUGGCGUUGACCGGGCUGCGGCGCCUGCGAGUGAGCAAAUGUGGGUUGACAAGUUCAGGAUUGGAGACUCUCACAUCAAUGGCUCCGGGAGUGGUGGUGGAUUCGGGGUGGUGA